AUGUCUGACAUCAAGACAGCACACAAUACAAGAGAAACCGAAUUGAGUGAUGGAACCACAGUCUAUAUCAAUGGCGAACCUUAUUAUAUCGGCCGAGUCAUGGAGUUCUGCACAUCACACAAACGCAAAGGGCUACAAGUGCGUAUUGCCUGGUACAACAGAAUGAAGGACAUCAUCAACCGUAAGACGGCAGAUUCUUGUCUGCUGGUGGCAACCAUGCAUUCAGACAUCUACCCAGUGUCUUCCAUCCGUGGCAAGUGCACUGUGAUGCACAAGCACUAUGUCCCCAACAUUGAUGUCUAUAGAAAGCAGCAAGACCAUUUUUACUACAACCAGCUCUACGAUAGAUACAUACAGCGUGUCUACGAUGUGGUGCCAUGUGAAACAGUGCAAAAUGUACCCAUGGAUACAUUGGAGGCUCUCAAAUCAAGGUAUCAAUUCAUCGCCGUGGAGCAGGGAAAGGCGGCUGAUUUAACAGUGGCAAGAAGAAUAUGCUGCGUCUGUCAGCAAUGGUGCCAGAGUGCCAUGUCUGUCAAAUGCGCUGCCUGCCACAAGAGCUUCCACAUGUCCUGCCUCAACCCUCCUCUGGCCCGCAAACCAUCCAAGGGCUUUGCUUGGCAAUGCGCCUAUUGCACCCGUCAAGAACAACUGGCUGAAUCUAACCCGGAAAGCCCUGUCACCAGUGUUACCUCGCAUACGCGCUCCUCAUCCAAAGCAUCAUCUCCAGAGACCUCUGAUUCCCAACAACAGACAACCAAAGAACUCAGUAUCGCUGCUGCUACUGCGGCUGUCGUUGCUACCAAGACCGAGCUCAAAAGACAGAUGCGCGCUACUCGCUCUCAAGUCAAACAACAGCAGCAACAAGAAACACUAUUGCUCAAUGCCAUGGUUGCUGAAGACGCAUCAGCCAACUCUUUCAACACAUCAUCACCCAAUUGCAGCAGAAAAUCAAAUCCCACCAUCAAAAGGGAAGGACCACAAGCACAACACAUGAAUAUGACCAACAUGUGGCCAUUUCGCUAUUUUGGUGUCAAUACAGCCAUUACAGAUAUUCUGGAUGUGGAUGAUCGUAUCUACCCAAGAGCCAAGAGCCGAAUUGGCACUAAAUACCAAGCCAAUGUGCCCGAUUUCGUUCCACCCUCUCGCCAAUCUCGCCAUUCAUCAUCUACACCAGCAGCUUCAAGAUCACCUCGAGGCUUAUGGCCAGAAGAAGGCAGUGUAAAUAAAGAAGCACAGAAUGUGCUGGAUCACCAGACACCCACCAAAGACACCAGUGAUCAGGACGACAUGGCAUCGCCCUUCUCUGGCAGCUCUGACCUGACGAGCAGCAUGCGACCUACAAGAGGCACCGAUGACACAGUGACAGUAAUCUACCGACCAGGCAUUUUGAAUGAAUUGACCAUUGAUCACUACGUGGAUAGUGUGAAAAAGCUAAAGAACAUUCCUCUGCCGCCACACAAUUCAGAUCUGAUGGACAGAGCACUGUAUGAAUUGGAGCUAAACAACUAUGAUACGGAAACGGCUUAUGACAACAUGUCAAAGCUGAAUGGAGACGAUUUCAAGCAUGUUGUGGAGUGGACACCUGCCGAGAUGGAGGCAUUCGAGCAAAGCAUCCGCGAUCAUGGCCACGACCUCAACUAUGCCAAGGCUGCAGUCAAGACAAAGGACAUGGCGGAUAUUGUACGCUACUUUUAUCAGUGGAAAAAGACAGACCGUUAUGAGCCCGUCUACUCUGAAUGGACCAAGGUGUACAGACCUCUCAAAAAGUUCAAAAGGUUCCCUCGAGACAUGGAAAGAGAAGCAGAAGAGGCUCGGCUGGAGAAAGAAAACGAAAUGGCAGUAGAGCAUGGAGAGCACACCGACCUCACGAUUGUGCCCAGAUCCACCUACGCAUCCAGGAAUUACCAAUGCAUGAACUGCUUGACAGAGCAAUCCAGAAUAUGGAGACGAUCACCAUCUGACUUUGACAGAAAGAGAAAAGUGUUUAGCAAAGUGCUCUGCAACGAUUGCGGUGUCUUUUGGCUGAAAUACGCAAAAACGAAGCCUAUAUCACCAGAAACAAGAAUCGCCAAUGUCACCAUGAGUUCAGCAUCCAACAAUGGACCGCUCUCGGGAGGAGACAAUAAACGAAAGAGAAGUGAAUCUCAUAGCAGCAGCAUGAAACAGCGACUCAAUGAUGACCAGGAGUAUUUGGAAUUUAAUCCCUCAUCAUGCACCAUCUGCCAUAUCAUGAGUGGCCCACCCAACAGUCUGUAUACAUGCUAUUCGUGUGGUAUGUCGGUGCAUCACGAUUGCUAUGGUGUCAAGGACAAGACAGAGCAUAUUGGCUGGCAAUGUGAUCCAUGCCAAAACAGAAAGAAACCAGUGGCCUCUUACAACUACGAGUGCGUGCUAUGCUACAAUACCACAUCCAAACAUCAAGCGCUUAAAAUGACAUCUGGCUACUGCUGGGCUCAUGUGCAAUGUGCCGUAUUUAUCCCUGAGGUCAAAUUCGUAAAUCCUUCAACGUUGUCACCUGUGGAGUACAUUGGCUGCGUCAAUCCAGCAAGAACCGAGGCUCAGUGUUCCCUAUGCGAUGAUCAGCGUGGUGCCUGUAUCGCUUGUUCCGAAUGUAACAAAACCAUGCAUGUUCAAUGCGCUGUGGACAACAAUUAUCGCUUGCUAUUUGAGAUACUGCCACCCAAUGCUAAAAGCCAUCGACAUCAAUCCCAUUGUCCAGCCAUACCUGCUGGCCACUUCAGCACCAACUCUGCCGCUGGCAUCAUGGUGCCUCAAGUCAUUUGUCCUAGCCAUAGUCUCACGGGUAAACAGCUAGUUCGUAUUGAAGAGAGAACAGCCAACGAAUCAAGAAAAAGCGCUCUGUAUACCUUUUGCAACUAUUUCAAGCGCAUCUCAAGUAACAGCACUCCAGCCAUGCGUAGAUAUCUAGCUUCCUCUGCAUACAACCACACCAAAAAGAUGUCUAAGAAGAUGCCCUCUCAAUUAGAUGCUCUUGUUGAUUCACUCACCAUGGACGCUUCCCUAUCAUCCUACGCUGGCUCUCAUGAAUCUCGCUCAAGAGCAAUCUUAACGUCGCUAUCCCCCUCUUCAUCAGCAUCAUCAGCAUCCUCUCGUUCAUGCAGCCAAUGCCCUGCCAAAUUCUCGCCCAUUUGGUGGAGCGUGGGUUCAGACCCCUAUUCCCUUCAAAGAUUGUGCCAACGUUGUCACAACAAAGAACAACUCGAUCAGCAACAUGUACAUUAA